AUGAAGUUUUCAUUGCCUGAGAAAUUUGAAGUAGUUGUUGAGACUGCUUCUCAGGACCAGUCGGUGCACAAUUAUGGGCAUUAUCCAUUACGAAGCGUCUCGUUGGACCCGCUAAAACCUCGUACAAUUGAUUAUCCAGGUCAUGUUGAGGCUGAUUUGAUAUAUGAUGCUAUAAAUGAGUAUACACAUAGCUUGAAAGAGCAAAAAAUAGCUGAAUCGACAAGGCAAAAGUCGCAAAGCCAGCAGUUUAUCCAAUCGGCACAAGAGUUGUCCAAGAUCAAUAUCCUCAAACUUGGUCAAGAGAUUGAAGCACGGUUGCGUUUGCAAGAUUUGCAAGUUCAGGAUGUUAUAAACAAUGAAAGGAAAAGAGUGCGACUAAUAGAGGAGGCGAGGCAGAGGAAGUUGGAGGAAGAAGCAAGGUUGAAGAGACUAGAAGAAGAAAGACUUGAAAGGGAAGAAGAAGCACGCAAAGAGAAGGAGCGUGAGCGGCUAGAAGCUGAAAAAAGACAAAAAGAAGCUGAGCGGUUGAAACUAGAACAGGAGCAAAAGGCUGCUCAAGCAGCUGAAUUGAAAAAGAAACAGGAACAGGAUCGACUAGAGGAAAUUAAGCGACUAAAGGAGACACGUUUCACAAAUUUCAACAAUGUUGAGAAGGAAUUUUACAAGUACAAAAAUGAUAUCGAGGAUAUUAAACAAAAUGUAAAACUCAAAAUAGACCAGAAUACCGAUUUGAAAAGAGCUGUUAAUCGGUAUAAACGUAAAAUCAAUCCAAAAUUUGGACAACUUUCCAACUCCAAACAUCACACAGAUACACUUAUUAGAGAGGUAAUCACCUUGGUUGAGCCAGUAAAAGCUGAUGAACUAGCUUACAAAUGGAUACUCAAUUUCAUGGCAAAAGCAAUUGUCCAUCAAGCAGAAACGGAAGUUAUCGUCAGACCCUUUGCAGCAACUCCACUAGCCCACUUGGCAUAUAGCCUAUUAGUGACAUUUCCCGAGUUUGAGUAUUUUUUAGCUGCAAGGUUUGUCAAGAAAUGCCCAUACAUAAUCGGAUUCACUGACCCAAUGACCACAGUAGAAGGUAGAUUACGAAUGAACUGGAAACAAUACGAAGACGACCAAUGGGAGAGCGACGUGAAAUAUGAUGAAAGAGUUGCAGGUAUAUGUACAGUAUGGGCAGUAAUGACACAGUUUCUAUCCGGCGCUGGAAAAGAAGGACUCUUUUCAGAAAAAUCGAGUUGGCAAUUUGUAGCAAGGAUAUUAAAUACAGAUUUACUGUUGAUUAGAAAUACUCACUUUGAGGUCUUGGCUAAUUGGUGGGAAGCAACUGCUGCGCAUUUUUUGCAAGUGUAUAAAAGACAGGCUGUCAAGGUUCUACAAUUGAUGGUUUCUCAAUUUGUUGAUGCUGUUGCGGACAGAAAGUAUCCCUCUGCUGCAAGAUUGAGAAUAUUGGGCGAAGAUUGGAUAAAAAUGAAUAGGAUAGAGCCUAUGAAAGAGAUGGAGCCGUGA